AUGGCUGAGUUUCCGAUAAAUUUGAAGCACUCUGGGGUCUACCACGUCCCAGAGAUCACUCAUUGUGCAAUCGAGAAAGUCGCUUCCUUGCUUCAGCAGAAUCAUGAAGAAUUUCACGUCUAUUGGAAUUUCAAAGGCUAUCAUAACCAUCAAGUUCAUUAUCUUCUGACGGCGUUCGCUCUCGGUGCAGAUCCCAGCGAGUUGCAAACAGCAUUUGAUAUCAAUACUGGGUAUCAACGGCCACGGCUUCCGCUCGACGAAGAGUUGAUUGAGAAACUAUCAGAUAGAAGAUAUUUCAAGUCAUUAUUAGGGUAUGAUGCUUGGUUCAACGACUAUACUACCUUCUUCAAACGAAAGUUUGAGCUAGAAGGAUGGCAGAAUGUUGUCAAUGAAUACCUCUUCUCGGGUAGUGACAUUGCGGAUGAAUUACUGGUGAGGCUUUUUUCUGGAGUCCUUCAUCCUCUUAUUCACUUCGGAUUCGGAAUCGAGUUUCAGCAGCCUGCGAUAAUUGCUGAGGGAUUAGCACAAGCUGUUUGUCACAGUGCCUUCUUUAAACCUUUCCUCCUCGCCUCGGAGCGACUAGCACAAACUCAGAGGAAGGAAGAUUCUAGCUCUUUAGUGGAUCUAUUGAGUGAGAUUAGACAAGAUGCUGAUCUCUAUGACGAAGCAUACUGGGACGGUGGUGAUUCUUUGAACGAGAAGAUUGUGGCUGAUGCACCGGAAAAGCUUUGUGCAAUUGCCGCCAAGUGGAGAGUAAGUGUUGAGGAAAUCGAGGUAAAGACCGCCGAGAUAGUCAAUGCCACCGCCUGGAUGACCGGCGCCGCACAGCGACUGGGAAAGACAAUCAAGCUAGACUUCUUCUUUAUUCAUAGUGUUAAUGCUUCCAUUUUUCUCACAGCAUUCAACAAACAGUCUUGGCUAAGCGCUGAAAAUAAGGCCCGGCUUCUGGAGUGGAAAGGAAGGAUCGAUUUACUCAACUACGCUUCUCGACUAGCACCAGAGCUGCACCCCGAGGAAAUAACCAAAUAUACGCCACUACAGAAACUUUUGACGUGGCCUCUACUGAUUGAGAAAACAAAUCGACUAACACAUGAUGAUGGACACAUUGCUAAAUUGAUUCGCACACUGGCUCACGGGCAAGGAAUAUGCCAGGCUUACGAAGCGUGUCCAGAAACCGCUGCAAAAUUCCCAUUGAAAAGUCAGGGUUGGAUACAGAUUGCAAACAUGGCGAUAGAUACGACUACCGAAACAAGGACCCCUGAUCGUUGGGUUAGAGGAGCAGGCGGAGCAAAGAAUUGGGAGAAAUUUGCUGAUCGGGGAUAG